AUGCACGCGACUCCGCCGGUGACGGUGCGGGUUGGCGCGGCGUCUCCGGUGAGCGCUGCUCCCGCCGGCGCCACCGGUCGGGUCACCGCCGGGGUGACUUCCGCCUCCGCCUCCGCCGCCGCCGCCAAUGUCGGCAGCGCACCAAAGCCGGGCGUCGUAUCCGCCAGCAUCGCCGCCGCGCCUGCCGUCGUGACGGCCCCCGAUGGCACCGUCAUGCUCUCCGCACCGCUGGGUCUGCAGGCCUCCGUGCUAUCGCAGCCGUCGUUUUAUCCCUCACUGGGGGAGGACAUGGGCGAUCUAGCAGAGGAGGGGGACAUUCUUUUCUCUGUGCUGGGCGACCCGUGGAGUCGCGUGCGGGGUGAAGAUCGCCCUGGUAAUGAGCGUGCGAGCACCACAACAGCGGUAGCAGCAACAACUACCACAGUGGGUGCGGAAGCGCCGGUUGCCGAGAGCAACGCCAAGGAUGUCGAGCCGGCGAAGCCCGCGGAGGUCGUUGCUUCUCCGCUAGCGCUCCCCGCAGCCGCAGCCGAGACCCGCACCUACCCCCUCUCCAGCAGCCUCUCCGCCUCCUCUUCCACCGCCCUGUGCGUGCAGCCGGUGUUGACGCUUCCACGCAAGAUCGGCGUCGCCCUUGCCUGCGAAGUCUUCCGUGCGCUGCUGUGCUUCCACAACGCGGCCACCUACCCGCUGGCACAGGCGCACUUCCACAUCGGCGUGGCACAGCCGCCGGCCCCGCUGCGUCGGCCACUGCUGCGCCGCACGCUGCCGGCCCUGCCCGCCAAGUCCAACUACACGAUCGUCGCCUCCGUCCCGCUGCAUGAGGUCUGCAGCUACUCCCUCGCCGUGACGGUGGAGUACAACGACCCGAGCGGGCGACAGCGGCAGCUGUCGUGGAACAGCAUCCUGAAGACGGAGCAGCCGAUUAUGGAGGUGCAGCAACGGCGGUUGGCCUACCUGCGGCCGUGUGUCUCCAUGAAAGGUAAGGCGCACGCGUCGUCCUCGCCGUUGUCGCGCGGGUACGCGUGCUACCAGCUGACGGUGGGCCUGCAGAACAUGUCAAGCGUACCGCUAGUGAUGACCUCGUCGGAGCUGCUUCUACCGACGCUGAUCAACCACAGCGGCAAGCCCCUCUUCCGCAAUCUAGCGCCACGGGAGACAGGGCAGGAACAGGACCUUCCUCAUCCCUUGCUGCACCUCCAAGACGCGACCUCGGACGUGGGAGGAAGGAAGCCGUCCUCGCCCGCUUACUUGAUGCCAGGCGACGCGCAGACACUCGUCUUCCUUAUCGGGGUGUGCCUGGAGGAGCUGCGCCACGCCACCGUCGUGCACGGACAGGGCGGGGUCAUGACGAAGCUACUCAGCCCGCGGCUGGCGUCUUUCGGCCACGUCCAGUGGACAUGGUGCCGCGCGAACGGGGAAGCGGGCACGGCGCGCAGCGCUCCCCUGCACGUGGAGCAGCUGGUGGCUGAGCCGGACGUGGUGCUGCGCGUAACGCAGGUGGUGUCGGCUGCGGUGGCGGGCAAGUCCGCUGCGCCAGCAACGCCCACAGAGCAUCCAGCAUCCGCAGCGGCAGCGGAAGCGGAAGACCCCACUUUUGCAGAGGACGCGCCUCUCUCCACCUCUCCCUCCUUCUCCUCUCCCGCCGCGACGCCGCUGCUGCUGCUGGCGGGAUCGCCCGUCACGAUGGAGUUCGCGCUCGUCAACCACAGCUCGGUGCACCGCUACGACGUCGCGCUGAAGGUGCGGGUGGAGCGGCUGGCCCCGCAGUGGCUCUACACCGGUCCGACCGUCCGCCUCCUCGGCCUGCUCGAGCCGAGCAGCACGCUGACGUUUUCGCUGAGCGUGCUACCGUGGCAGGCGGGUUGGCUGCAGGUGGUGCAGGCCGCGCUGGAAGUGGUGGAUGCGCGGAUGCCGGAGGCAGUGCUGUGGCCGCCCGCUUCGACCUCGUUGUUGCGACCCGUGAGGGGACAAAACGGGAGCUUCAACAGUGCGGCGGCAGCAGCAGCAGCAGCAGACGGCAAAGACAGCAAAGACGGUGCUGACCGGCCAACGUUCGCGGCGACGGCGCCGGCGGUGGCGCAGUCCGCCAUGAAAGCGACGUUGCCCGCUGUUGGGGACGUACUGUGCGACGUUCUGGUGCUGUGA